AUGAUCCUGAGACCCUCGGACAUCCUGCGACCCCCCUCGUGUCCCCUGUCCCCGCAGGGCUCGGAGAGCUGGGAGGUGGUGGAGGAGCCCCGUGCCCGGGGCAGCCCCGGGCAGCAGCCCCAGCGGCACGAGGGGUACCUGCUCAAGAAGAGGAAAUGGCCCCUGAAGGGCUGGCACAAGCGGUACUUCGUGCUGGAAAACGGGAUCCUGAAAUAUUCCACCACGCGCCAGGAUGUCCUCAAGGGCAAACUGCACGGUGCCAUCGACGUCCGGCAGUCCGUCAUGUCCGUCAACAAGAAGGCUCAGAGGGUUGACCUGGACACUGAGGACAACAUUUAUCACCUCAAGAUCAAGACCCCGGAGCUGUUCUCCAGCUGGGUGAGCAGCCUGUGCAGCCACCACCGCGGCGAGCGGCCGGAGCCGUGUCCCCAAGGUGCCAACGCCAAGGGCCAGUGGACACGGAUCCUGCCCUCGGGCAGUGCCCCCGCCCUGUCCACGCUGGCCAGCUCCCGGGACAAGGUGAACGCCUGGCUGAAGGACAGCGAGGGGCUGGAGCGCUCCUGA